AUAAAACCACCUGAUCGAGGAAAAGGAAGGCACAGCGGAGCGCAGAGUGAAAAGCUCCCAGCGGCGAGGCGCCGGGCAGCUCCCCUGCAGCGGCGGACGGCGCGGCCCGGCCUGGCCAUGCCUGCGCUCUGGCUCAGCGGCUGCCUCUGCCUCUUGCUCCUCCUGCCUGCAGCCCGGGCCAACUCCAGGACGCCAGUCUGUGACUGCAGUGGGAAGUCCAGGCAAUGCAUCUUUGAUCAGGAGCUUCACAGACUGACAGGAAAUGGAUUCCGCUGCCUCCACUGCAGUGACAACACUGGUGGCAUUCACUGUGAGAGGUGCAAGGAAGGGUUUUACCGACACAGGGAGAGAGACCGCUGUUUGCCCUGCAACUGCAGCUCCAAAGGUUCUCUUAGCCCUCGAUGUGACAGCGCUGGACGGUGCAACUGUAAGCCAGGUGUGACGGGGGACAGGUGUGACCGCUGUUUACCAGGCUUCCACAUGCUCACUGAUGCUGGGUGCACCCAAGACCGGAAGCUCCAAGACUCCAAGUGUGACUGUGAUCCAGCCGGCAUCUCGGGGCCCUGUGACUCGGGCCGCUGUGUCUGCAAGCCAGCUGUCACGGGAGAGCGCUGUGAUAGGUGCCGAGCAGGUUACUAUCACCUGGAUGGGAGAAACCCUGAGGGCUGCACCCAGUGUUUUUGCUACGGGCAUUCAGCCAGCUGCCAAAGCUCUGGAGACUACAGUGUCCAUAAAAUCAUAUCCACCUUCCAUCAAGAUGCUGAUGGCUGGAAAGCUGUCCAGAGAAAUGGGUUUCCUGCAAAGCUCCAGUGGUCACAGCGCCAUCAAGAUGUGUUUAGUUCAGCACGACGAUCAGACCCUGUCUAUUUUGUAGCUCCUGCCAAAUUUCUUGGGAAUCAACAGGUGAGCUAUGGACAGAGCCUGUCUUUUGACUACCGUGUGGACAGGGGAGGCAGACACCCCUCUGCCCAUGAUGUGAUUCUGGAAGGUGCCGGUCUACGGAUCACAGCUCCCUUGAUGCCACGUGACAAGACACUGCCUUGUGGGAUCACCAAAACUUACACGUUCAGAUUAAAUGAACAUCCAAGCAGUAACUGGAGACCCCAGCUGAGUUACUUUGAGUAUCGGAGGUUACUGCGGAACCUCACAGCCCUGAGGAUCCGAGCUACCUACGGAGAAUACAGUACUGGGUACCUCGACAACGUGACCUUGAUCUCAGCCCGCCCCGUCUCGGGAGCCCCAGCACCCUGGGUUGAACAAUGUGUAUGUCCUGUUGGGUACAAGGGACAGUUCUGCCAGGAAUGUGCUUCUGGCUACAAAAGAGAUUCAGCCAGACUGGGACCUUUUGGCACCUGUAUUCCUUGUAACUGCCAAGGGGGAGGGGCCUGUGAUCCAGACACAGGAGAUUGUUAUUCAGGGGAUGAGAACCCCGACAUCGAGUGUGCGGACUGCCCCCUCGGUUUCUACAACGACCCACACGACCCCCGCAGCUGCAAGCCCUGUCCCUGUCGCAAUGGGCUCAGCUGCUCUGUGAUGCCCGAGACAGAGGAGGUGGUGUGCAAUAACUGUCCCCACGGCGUCACUGGAGCCCGCUGCGAGCUCUGUGCUGAUGGCUACUUUGGGGACCCCUUUGGGGAACAUGGUCCAGUGAGACCUUGUCAGCCCUGUCAGUGCAGCAACAACGUGGACCCCAGUGCCCCUGGGAACUGCGACCGCCUGACAGGCAGGUGUCUGAAGUGCCUUCACGACACGACCGGUGCCCACUGCGACCAGUGCAAAGCUGGCUACUAUGGGGACCCCUUGGCUGCCAACCCAGCGGACAAGUGUCGAGCUUGCAACUGCCACCCACUGGGCUCGGAGCCCGUGGAGUGUAGAAGUGAUGGCAGCUGUGUUUGCAAGCCAGGAUUUGACGGCCUCCACUGUGACCACGCAGCAUUAACCAACUGUCCAGCCUGCUACAAUCAAGUGAAGAGCCAGAUGGAUCAGUUUAUGCAGCAACUUGAGAACCUGGAGACCCUGAUUUCGAAGGCUCAGGCUGGCGGAGGAGCAGUACCCGACGCAGAGCUGGAGGGCAGGAUGCAGCAGGCUGAACAGGCCCUUCAGGACCUUCUGAGAGAAGCCCAGAUUUCAGAAGGUGCUAUUAGAUCCCUCAACCUCCAGUUGGCCAAGGCCAGGAGCCAAGAGAAUAGCUACAGGACCCGCCUGGAUGACCUCAAGAUGACCGUGGAGAGACUUCGGACCCUGGGCAGCCAGCAUCAGGACCGAGCUCAGGAUACUCGCAGGCUCAUCACGCAGAUGCGCCUGAGCCUGGAGGAGAGCGAGGCUGCCCUGCAGAACACUAACAUUCCUCCCUCAGAGCACUACACGGGGCCAAAUGGCUUUAAAAGUCUAGCUCAGGAGGCCACGAGACUGGCAGACAGCCAUGUUGAGUCAGCCAAUAACAUGGAGCAGCUGGUCAGGGAAACUGAAGACUACUCCAACCAAGCCCUGACCUUGGCGCGCAAGGCAGCUGCUGAAGGGGGCAGCAGCGGCAGCCUCCGUGGCUCCGUGGUACAAGAGCUUGUGGGAAAAUUGGAGAAAACCAAGUCUCUGGCCCAGCAGCUGUCGAGGGAGGCCACUCAAGUUGACACUGAAGCAGAUGCGUCCUAUCAGCAUAGUCUCCGCCUUCUCAGUUCAGCAACUCAGCUUCAGGGGGUCAAUGAUCAGUCCUUCCAGGUAGAAGCGAAGAGGAUCAGACAAAAAGCUGACUCUCUCUCAAGCCUGGUGACUAAGCGAAUGGAUGAGUUCAAGCGUGUGCAAAGCAGUCUGGGAAACUGGGAAGAAGAAACCCAGAAGCUCUUAGAGGAUGGGAAGAAUGAGAGACAGAAAUCAGAUCAGCUGCUUUCCCGUGCCAACCUUGCUAAAAGCAGAGCCCAAGAAGCACUAAGUAUGGGCAAUGCCACUUUUUAUGAAGUUGAGAACAUCUUAAAGAACCUCAGAGAGUUUGAUCUGCAGGUUGAAGACAGAAAAGCAGAGGCUGAAGAGGCCAUGAAGAGACUCUCUUACAUCAGCCGGGAGGUUGCAGACGCCAGCGACAGGACCAGGCGAGCAGAAGCAGCCCUGGGGGGUGCUGCCGCCGACGCCCAGAGGGCAAAGACUGCAGCUGGGGAGGCCCUGAAGAUCGCCGGCAAGAUAGAACAGGAGAUUGGGAGUCUGAACUUGGAGGCCAACGUGACAGCAGAUGGAGCCUUGGCCAUGGAGAAGGGACUGGCCACUCUCAAGAGUGAGAUGAGGAAAGUGGAAGGAGAGCUGGCAAGGAAGGAGCAGGAGUUCGACGCGGAUGUGGACGCAGUGCAGACAGUAAUUACAGAAGCCCAGAGAGUUGGCAGCAGAGCCGAGAAUGCUGGAGUCACGAUCCAAGACACACUCAGCACGUUGGAUGGCAUCCUACAUCUAAUAGACCAGCCUGGCAGUGUGGAUGAAGAGGGGCUGAUCUUACUGGAGCAGAAGCUUUUUCGAGCCAAGACCCAGAUCAACAGCCAGCUGCGGCCGCUGAUGUCAGAGCUGGAGGAGAGAGUGCGUUGGCAGAGGGGCCACCUCCGCUCGCUGGAGACAAGCAUAGAUGGCAUUCUGGCUGAUGUGAAGAACCUGGAGAACAUUCGGGACAACCUGCCCCCAGGCUGCUAUAAUACCCAGGCUCUUGAGCAACACUGAAGCUGCCUUCGAGAUUUCCCAACUGGGGUUCUUAGGAUGGAGACCUCAGGCUCAGAAGCCAUCUCACGCGGGUGGGGUGGGAUGGGGACAUUUGAACGUGUCGAUGGGCAUUCUCAGCUCAACUGAACCUGGCCCCACCCCGAGACCUUGGCCAAGAUCAAUGUCUUAUUUUACCAGUGUGAUGCUCUUUGCUUCCUGAUGCGGGGCAACGAGGCAAAUAGCAUUGAGUAUGCGACUCAUCAAGGGCCUGGACACCCAAAGGGUAGACCGGAUGGAAGGACAAACCGCACAGGCAGAUAGUCAUAAACCAACUCCUGGCGUAUGAACAAGUGUUGCCAUGUCGUAGGCGGCUUAUUCUUUGAGUAAAUGUGACCAAAGGAAAUUUUUUUUGACUUUGCCCACGCAUAAAAUUCUUCCUAAUGUCAGAACAGAGAGUGAAUUGAAGUCAUGCUGUGGUCAGUAAAAUAUUGUUGCCUCAUAGUGUUCAAUGUGUUCUUGUUGAUCAGAGUUCUUCCCACUUACUGACGAUCCAUGACAUGUACUCCACUUUCAAGCUGGAGGAAGUGAUGAACUGUAAGCCUGGCAUAUUUGGAGCAUUGGUAUCCUGCUACCUUUGAGUUCUUCUGGGCCUGGAAGUGCCCACCUUUCCCCUGAUGAUGCCAAGCAACUUAGAGACAAUGUUUUUAUUAAAGCAUUUCUUACCAGCGAAGCAAACAUUGGGAAAGUAUUUACUUUCGAGUUUCAAAGUGAUAGAAAAAUGUAGCUUGGGCUCUGAAAGAGGUGCAGUUAUCUAAGAAGAUGUAUUAGUCCUAAUUCAAUGCCAUUUUCAAACACUAAAAAUUAUAUGCCCCUAUGGGUUUUGUUCUUACUCUUCUUUCGAUAACAAUGUUCCUACUCAUACUUGAACUGGGUAGCAUCCAUCCUUCCAUCCAUCCAUCCAUCCAUCCAUCCUUACAACAUAUAUUUAUUGAGUACCAAUUGUGUGCCAGGGGCUGGGUGGGGUACAGUGGUGACAUAGUCUCUGUCCUCAUAGAGUUGAUUGAAUAGUAAGGAAGACAAACCUUAAAAAAAAAAUUUAAACUUACAAAUCUUGUUCCUCACAAGUCAUUGCAAUAACCCCUUGGUUUUCAACCUCAUUUUUUAACGGAACAUAUGUUGCAAGACAUUCCCGUGGGUCACUUGGAUUUUGGUAAAUAGCUGAAAUGACUCUGGAUUGUGCACCCUUUCUUGCAUUUCAGCUGUUGCUCUGCCCCUUUCCACAACUGAUUGCAACAGAUUGUUGAGUCAUAACACCAGUGGGAAUUUCUGGAAAAAUCAGAGGCCCUUCUAGCCUCGGCUCAGUAGACUUUGGUACUGCCUCACCUCUGUAUUUCCUUGGCUUUUCAUGGACCUGUUUGUUUUUUUUUUUAAAUAAAGAACAAUUUGUAGAUGCCUGUGGUCAGUUUCUAAUUUGUUAAACUCUAAGCUUAAGGUGUAGGUACUAAGGCAGUGGAAACAAAAAAUGCUUCAGAAAGAGAUGUGAGCCCCCAGAAUUAACAUCUUUAAUUCCUUUUUCUGAGCACCUUGUUUGCCCUUUCUAACCAGGCAAGCACUUUAUGAGAUUUAAUUGGUUCUGUCUCCUAAGCAUAAAGAAGGAUUUAUUUCUGGAACAACCUGAGCAGGGUGAGGGUGAUAAUUAAUGUUUUGGCUUUUUUUUUCAUGAGCUAUAAAAAAAUAAAGGCAAAAAUCAAUCA